UCUCCAGCGCCGCCUUCUUGUUACGGGCGAUGGUGUCCUGCUGCGCCUGAGUUAGAGGCGCCGGUGGCGGGCUGGAGGGCUCCGGCUCGACCUCCGAGGACUUCCUCUUCUCCUGCACGAUUUCGGUACAUUGUGCGCAAAACAGAGCAGGUCUGGGAAAAAAAAGUUGGCUCCUGGUUGCUUGAUGCAAUGGAAACGUUUAUGAGUAAACGAUCAUGCAGUACUGAUGAUGGCCAAAUAAACCUCAGAAAAAAAAUAAAAGCAAAUGAAGAACUGGAGCAGAUGGUGGAUGCUGAGGAAGAGGAUGAGUUCUCAGAUCCAGUGCCUUGGCAAAAAAUCGAGUCAGAAGGUCUGGACUGUGACUACGCUUUACUCUUCAGCAAGGAGGAAGCAGACCUUCUUUUGGUGAAACUGGAAGAGGAGGUGGUGUAUUUAACAGGUGAAGAAGCACAGGUGCAGGUGUUUGGAAAGGUGUACAAUAUACCGAGGAAGCAGGCCACCUAUGGCGAUACAGGACUGACUUACACGUAUUCUGGAGUGACACGUCUAUCUUGCCCAUGGACCCCCACACUGGAACAUAUCCGCGAUGCUGUCACAAAAACAACAGGACAUACCUUCAAUUUUGUCCUGGUCAACCGGUACAAAGAUGGGCGGGAUCACAUGGGUGAACAUCGCGACGACGAGAGGGAGCUGGAUCCUCGCUGUCCCAUAGCGUCAGUCUCUCUCGGUGCCGCGCGAGAGUUCGUGUUCCGUCACAGGGAUGCUCGUGGAAAAGAGAGCCGCCGGCGCGUCGAGCCCGUCAAGCUGGUGUUGGCUCACAGAAGUCUGCUGCUCAUGAACUCACCAACCAACACUUUCUGGUAUCACAACCUUCCUGUUCGAAAGAAGGUCCUCAUGCCUCGCAUCAACCUCACAUUUAGACGCAUACUGCCCACCCGCAGAAAAUGACAGCUGGGAUAGGCAUCAAAUUCGGUACUUUUAUAGGUACCGACCGAAGAACUAACGGUUCUUGGCUGAUACCUACCUAACUGAUACCAUAUUUCGAUACGACCGCAAACUAGCACAGAAUAAUUUCCAUGCUGACAAAGAAAGAGGAAGGCGCUCAAAAGUACAAUAUGGCUUCACAUCUUGAAAACGCGCGAGCUCAAUGCUAAUUUACACUGGAUUUGCCAUAGACAUGCUAAAGAUUAGCAUCAGCAAUUUUAUACAGUGAUGGAUUUGUAAUGGAGCUACAACUGAGAUACACGCAAACAGCCGGUGUGUAAUAAAUACAAUACUUUCAGUUCAAACUAGGGCUUUCAAAUUUAACUUACGCAUGUGAUUAAUCACAAAAUAUCGCAUGAAUCAUGUAUCAACACAGAUUAAUCACCCAGUUUGGUUGUGAUACGGCAGGGAUGUUUAAGUCAAGUGUUUUGGGGGUCACGUUUGCAGAAAGCUUAGGACUAGGCAGCCAGACUUAUUCAGUGUAUAUUCCGGAGAACCAACGUCUUCUACAGUAGACAUCUGAUUUUGGUCUAUUUUUCUUGUGAGUUUCUCACAGUUAUUUUUAAACUAAACUCGAAAGGCCCCCAGUUGAAUAGCCCAAAUGAUGAAAAAGAGAGGACCUAAAAUGGAACCUUGAGGAACACUAUUCGUAUAACUGAAGAAGUUCAACAAAUGACUAAUGAGUCACAUUACAAAAAAAAUCUGUAAAUGCCAAAAAGGAGAGUACUUAAAAGGGUGCCUUGGGGAAUGCCUCAGUUAUGUAACUGACAAGUUUAGACCCCAGUGUUCUGUGUUUACUAGCUAGGUUAAAAUGUCAAUGCAAGGAUCUGCCAAUGUGUUUACUGUGGCCCAAGUUCCUCGAUACAAUAAGAGUACUCUAGUGUUUUUAGGAAUAUGCUGCAAAAAUGUUUGUUUCCCAAGUUUUAACUGAACUCGGGGGCCGGUAUGAUCUCAUUCCUGUACCGGAUUUGGACCCCUGGACCGCUUGUUGAAUAGCCCUGUUAUCAGGUCAAUGCAUACGCCAUUGCAAAGAUGAGUGGAGACUGACUUGUGUGCUCUGUGACAAAUUUCGCUUCAUAGUACACUCCAACGGGACUUUGGAUAAAACUGUUAACAGGUUUUGAGCAAAUAAAUUAUGUAUGUGUAAUAAAACUUUUUUUUUUCAUUUUCAUGUAUGACAUUGUGAUAAUAAAACUGCAUUUAUGACAAAUUCUU